UUUCCAAGUGAACUCUCAGUAUAUUGUAUAUUCCUGAAUUGUGAUAAGUGAUUUUUCAUACAUUAUAAAGUUUUAAGAAGUAGAAAUCUCGAAUAAAAUCAAAAAUUUUAAAUAUAAUAAGUUUUUAUUUUUAGCCAUGAGUUGGCUUAUUUUUGCCUUUUUGGGUUUAACUACAUGCUCUUCAGUAACAUUAUAUCGCCUUCAGCAACGCAGUUUGCUCACUGAAAAUGAUACUUUUCCUAAAACGUUAAAUAUUUUAAAUUUUCAACGUGAUUCCGUGGAAAGUUUUCCACAAGAUGUACUUCUCAAUGUUGAACUGGAGAAAAAUAAAAAAAUUAACUAUUCAGAAUUCGGAUCUAAAGUUUUACCACUUAGAGAUGCAGUGGAAGCCCGUCCAAAUAUAUUUAAUUUACAAGAUUCAAACGGGAACUAUUUCAAUUUCGGUAGACAAAAAGAUGAGAGGAUACCAUUGCGAGAUGCUGUAGAACAUCGUGUAGAACCAUACUUUGAAAAUACUUUAGAUCAUGAAUCAAUUUGGCUUGAACAGUUAUCACCACCAGCAGUUCGUAAGAUGGAAAAUGAAUUUAAAGUUGUUUGUCAUUUGGAUGCAGGAGCAAUAUAUAGAAUGGAACCGUUUUCUCUUCUUCCGCAAGCAAUACCGACUCGAAAAUGUACACAUUUAAUAUAUAACUCAGCAUCCAUAGAUCCACACGAAUUAACGGUCACUGUACGAGAUCCAGAAUAUGAUUUAAUUAAAGGUGGUUAUAAAUCAGCUGUAGGUCUUCGACAAAGUGAUCCUGGAUUACGAGUGUUAAUUUCAAUUAAUUCACCCGAUAAUGGAAGAAUGUUCAAAGAGCUAUUUAAUGGCUUUGAUCGUACACAAAAGUUUAUUGAGUCCGUCAUGAAUUUUCUGAAGGAAUACGAAUUCGAUGGAGUAGAGAUUGAUUGGGAAAACAAAUCAAAUGCGGAACUUAGAAUCCUUUUACGAAAACUUUAUACACUUUUUGUAGAGAAAGGAUACAGUUUAGCACUUUCCAUAAAACCUCAAGAUACAGUGGAUCCAGAAAUUGCAUCAAUGACUCAUCUUUUGCUCUUUAAAGCUUGGAGAAAUUCAGAUGACAGUGAAUAUGCUCAACAUUCAGCUCCUCUUAGCUUUGUAUCUAAUUUGGUUAAUAAAUGGAUUAGUAGAGGUGUAGAACCUCGCAAAAUAAUAUUGGGAAUUCCACUCUUUGGAAAAUCAUUUACUCUGAAAUCUAGUAAUUCUACUUCAGCUGGAUCAGCAGUAACUGGUCCCGGUCUUGGAGGAAUCUAUACGAAUCAUCGUGGGACAUUAGCUUACUAUGAGAUUUGUGAAAAUUUAGGAAAUGUAUGGACUUCUGGAAGAGAUGAAGAAGGGCCUUUUUUAAAACUUGGAGACCAGUGGAUUGGAUAUGAUGAUCCUAUAUCGGUUAAAAUAAAAUCGGCGUACGUCAGAUUCACUGAAUUAGGAGGCGUUUCUUUAUGGUUUUUGGACUUGGAUGAUUUUCAGGGAAUUUGUGGCAAUCCUUGGCCAAUGUUGAAUGCUGCUCUAAACGGAUUAAGCUAUUCUGAUGUUCCUGUUAAAAAAUGUUCAAAAGAGGGACUGUUUAGUGAUCCCGAUAACUGUUCAGGAUAUGUAUCAUGCAGCAAAGGGUUGCAAUACCAUGGUAGCUGUGGUUACGGCAGAUUCUACAAUUCUGACAAUGGAAUGUGUAUCAAAGCAAGACCUGACAUAUGUGAUCCAGGACAUAGUAAUCGGGCUACUUCAAUAACAAAGUUGGAAGAAUUACGCGAUAAACAACAAUUAGAACAACUGGAAUUACACCAAGAAAAUAAAAAAGUUGUUUGUUAUGUUACUUCGUGGGCAUUUUAUAGGAGAGGAGAAGGGAAAUUUGUGCCGGAACAUUUAGAUUCACGUUUAUGUACGCAUAUUGUAUAUGCUUUUGCUGGACUUAAUCCUGACACACUACUCAUUCAUCCUUUUGAUCCUUGGGCGGACAUAGAGAACAAUUUGUAUCAACGCAUAACUUCUAUAAAAGGUCCUAUCGUAAUGCUUGCAUUAGGUGGUUGGACUGACAGUUCCGGUGACAAAUAUUCACGUUUAGUGAAAAGUGCAUCAUCUCGAAAAAAAUUUGUAACUUCAACAUUAAAUUUCUUAAAAAAACAUAACUUUAAAGGAUUAUCUGUUGAAUGGAAUUAUCCAAAGUGUUGGCAAAGUGAUUGCAAGAGAGGACCAGACUCAGAUAAACCAAAUUUCACAAAACUUUUAAAGGAACUACGUAAAGCGUUUGAUGAAGAAGAAUCCGGAUUGAUAUUAUCUGUCGCUCUGUCAGGCUAUAAGGAAGUAAUUGACAAAGCCUAUCAAGUGGAUGAAAUUUCAAAACUUGUUGAUUUUAUAUCCGUUAUGACUUACGAUUACCACGGAGCUUGGGAAUCUAAAACUGGUCAUUUAGCACCUCUCUACUCAAAGAAUAAUACAAGUUCUAAUAUUAAUUACAAUGUGAAUUUCACUAUGAAGUAUUUAUUUGCUCUUGGUGCAUCAAAAGAAAAAUUGUUAAUGGGUGUGCCCAUGUAUGGACAAUCAUACAGACUUUCUUCAACUUCCCAUUAUGAAUUGGAUAAUCCAGCUGCAGGACCGGGUACUCCAGGAGAAUACACCAGACAACCAGGAAUGUUGGCUUAUCAUGAAAUUUGUAAUAGAAUUAAGAAAAAAAAUUGGAAAACUGGUCCAGCUCCAAAUGCAUAUUUUAAAGAUCAAUGGGUAGCUUACGAUAAUUCCAAGAGCAUUAUGGAAAAAGGACAAUAUAUUCUUGACAAUGGUUUCGGGGGAGCGACUGCAUGGACAGUUGAUCUUGACGAUUUUACAAAUCGCUGUUGUAGAGAACCUUUUCCACUAUUGCGCACCUUAAAUCGAGCGAUAGGUCGAUUGUUAACGCCAUUGCCCUCCGAAGGGAGCUGCCAAAAACCAAAUGAACCUGUUACGCCUCAAGCACCAACUCUAACAACACAUACUGACGCCCUUGAUGGAAGGCCACGACCAACUAAACCAAUGGAUUCAAGUACAACUACUCCAACUACAACUUGGCCAACAUGGACUGAAAAACCAUUUUCAACUAUAAUUACAAGUACUCCAACUACAACUUGGCCCACAUGGACUGAAAAAACAUCUUCAACUACAGAGCGAACGUUACCUACAAGGAAAACAACUAUUAUGAGUACAACAGAUACUAUAAAAGAAACAACAACAAUAAUAUGUAAUUCUGGGGAAUUUAUGGCAGAUCCUAAAAAUUGUGGAUCAUAUUAUAGAUGUAUCCUGGGCGAAUUAAGACGUGAACAAUGUGCACCAGGAUUACACUGGGAUAGUCAUCGGGGUCUUUGUGAUUGGCCAUCUUCAGUGAAAUGCCAACAAGGAUUAGCAACAUCUUUAAAGCCGCCAACACACAAGUUCGAUUCAAGUACAACUCGUCGACCGACGACAACAACAAUAAAAUCUAGUACGAAAUAUAUGAUUGCAAAACCCACAGAAAAACCAGAGAAAGACUGUGAACAUGGACAGUAUUACUCGUACCCAAGUUCAUGCGAGCAAUUCCUGAUAUGUGUAAAUGGAGAUCUUAUACCACAACAAUGUGGUCCAGGCCUCAACUGGAACGAAGAAAAAAAUAUGUGCGAUUGGGCCUUCAUGAGUCCAUGCAAUAAUGCUUUGAAUAAAAAAGCCCCUUUAAAAAUAAAGGAUCUAAGUGAAAAGAACUGUUCUCCAGGUAGCUAUUCGAGUGUACCAGGCGACUGUCAAAGUUACAGAGCUUGUUUGUGGGGACGACACGAAAUAUUUCAAUGUGCACCUGGUCUUCACUUUAAUGCUGAAACUCACAUUUGUGAUUGGCCAGUACGAGCCAAAUGUCAAGACGAACAUUUUUUACCUGACAAUAUUUUAACAACUGAAGCCAGUUCAACAUCUACUACUUUAAAACCAACUUCAAUAGCAGAAAAUCCAUGGACAUGGACAGAACCUCCAAAACCAACCCCCACCCCAGCAAUUGAUGCUGAGAAAAAAUCUCCUUUAUCAGGAUAUUUUAAAGUGGUUUGCUAUUUUACUAAUUGGGCUUGGUACCGAAGAGGAAUUGGACGUUAUUUGCCUGAACAUAUAGAUCAUACUUUAUGUACACACAUAAUUUACGGUUUUGCCGUUUUAGACUAUUCAGACUUGACAAUCAAGGCUCAUGAUUCAUGGGCGGACUUUGAUAAUCAAUUUUACGAAAGGGUACUGAAAUAUAAAAAAAGAGGUCUUAAAAUAAGCUUAGCAUUGGGAGGAUGGAACGAUUCAGCCGGAGAUAAGUACAGUAGGUUGGUUAACAAUCAGGCCGCAAGGAAGAAAUUUAUUGAACACGCAAUAAGAUUUUUAGAAAAAUUCGGGUUUGAUGGUUUGGAUUUAGACUGGGAGUAUCCUGUUUGUUGGCAGGUGGAUUGCAGAAAAGGACCAGUAUCUGACAAACAAGGUUUCGCAUCUCUAAUAGAAGAAUUAAGUAUAAAAAUGAAACCUAAGGGACUUUUAUUAUCGGCAGCGGUUUCACCUAGUAAAACAGUUAUUGAUAAAGGAUAUGACGUUCCGGCAUUAGCGAAAUAUUUAGAUUGGAUAGCAGUAAUGACUUACGACUAUCAUGGACAAUGGGAUAAGAAAACUGGUCAUGUCGCACCCUUGUAUUAUCAUGAUGACGAUGAAUUUUAUUACUUUAAUGCCAAUUACUCUAUUAAUUAUUGGAUUUCAAAAGGAGCACCGGCAAGAAAUAUAGUAAUGGGAAUGCCUUUGUAUGGUCAAUCAUUUGCCAUUAAUGAUCCAAAAGUAGGAAGUGGUUUAAAUGCGGCGGCUAGUGCAGGAAAUGCGGGUGAAUUUACACGUGCAGCCGGCUUUUUGGCGUAUUAUGAAAUAUGCGAUAGAAUUGUGAAUCGUAACUGGACAGUUGUACAAGACCCCCAGCGUAGAAUGGGCCCUUAUGCAUUUAAAGGAAAUCAGUGGGUUAGUUUUGACGAUUCCGAUAUGAUAAGACAAAAGGCUCAAUUUGUUAGAGAUAUGGGUCUUGGCGGUGGAAUGAUUUGGGCCUUGGAUUUAGAUGAUUUCAAGGGACGGUGUGGAGAGGGCCCUCAUCCACUUAUGCAUACUUUACAGCAAGUUUUGUCAGAACCACCCAACAAACACGAUAAACCUAUAAAACUGCCAGAAGUUGGUCAAGAAAUAGAAUGGAAACUUCCAAGUGCGGAAUCAACGAAACCAAUGAAUUUUAAAGCGGACACUAUUAUUGAUGAUGAAUUUAAAUUAGUUUGCUAUUUUACAAAUUGGGCUUGGUAUAGGCAAGAAGGUGGAAGAUUUCUCCCAGAAGACUUAGAUCCGGAAUUAUGUACUCACAUUCUCUACGGUUUUGCUGUUUUGGAUUCUAAUAGUUUAACAAUAAAGUCACACGACCCAUGGGCCGAUAUAGACAAUAAAUUUUACGAGAGAGUUGUAGCUUUUAAAUCAAAAGGAAAGAAGGUAUUGAUAGCAUUAGGUGGAUGGAAUGACUCACAAGGAGAUAAAUAUAGUCGUCUGGUAAAUUCACCAGAAUCUAGAAAGAAAUUUAUAUCACAUGCAGUUCAAUUUAUAGAAAAGUACAAUUUUGAUGGUCUAGAUUUGGAUUGGGAAUAUCCUGUAUGUUGGCAAGUAGAUUGCACUAAGGGUCCUAAGGCAGACAAGGAAGGUUUUACAAAUUUAGUGAAAGAAUUAAGUCAAGUUCUUAAACCAAAAGGACUUCUCUUAUCGACUGCAGUAUCUCCAAGUAAAAAAAUUAUAAAUGAAGGAUAUGACGUUUCAGAAAUAUCAAAAUAUUUUGAUUGGAUUUCUAUUAUGACUUAUGAUUUUCAUGGACAGUGGGACAAAAAGACUGGUCAUGUGGCACCUUUGUUCACAUUGCCUGACGACUGGGAACCGACUUUUAAUGCCAAUUUUUCAAUUCAUUACUGGAUGGAGAGAGGAGCACCUGCUAAGAAAUUAAUUAUGGGUGCACCACUCUAUGGACAGUCAUUUUCUCUUGCAGAAAGGAAUAAAAGAGGAUUGAAUGAACCAACUUAUGGAGGUGGAGAAGCUGGUGAGGCUACUCGAGCUAGAGGAUUUUUGUCUUACUAUGAGAUUUGUGAAAGAACACUCAAGUUGGGGUGGACUGUGGUACAAGAUCCAGAAAGACGAAUAGGCCCAUUUGCUUACAGAGGGGAUCAGUGGGUUAGUUUUGAUGAUGCAGCACAAAUCAAAUUAAAAGCAGAGUUAAUAAAGAAAUUGGGUCUUGGGGGCGGAAUGGUAUGGGCUCUUGAUUUAGACGAUUUUCAAAAUAGAUGUGAAUGUGAAUCAUAUCCAUUGCUAAAAACUAUGAAUCGCGUGUUAAGAAAUUAUCCAACAGGACCUACAUGUUCUAUAACAGGACCAUCAACUGAACCUUUCAAUCCUUUGACAACAACUGUAAGGCCAAUUACUAAUAAACCAAUUAGUACUGCUAGCAUGAUCUCACCUACUUUAGAUGUAACGCCAGACUUGGAUGAUGCAGUUGAAGUAGUAGCAGCUGGCAAACCUACAACGACAACUAUUUUUCCCAUUCAGGACUGUAAUGGUCGAUUAUUCAUGGCCCACGAAAAGGAUUGUUCCAAGUAUUUAUUGUGCAAUUUUGGCCAACUUUCUGAACAAUCUUGUCCCCAUGGUUUAUUAUGGAAUGAAGACCGAUGUGAUUGGCCUGAAAACACCAAAUGUCAAAAUAAAAUAUAAAAUUGAGGGUGUUUUCUAUUAUAAAAUACUUUUUAACAGUAAAAAGAAUUCAAAAAUAAAAAAUUACAUCCAAUUUUAUUCUGAAAAUAACAAUGAACAUUCUUUCUUGUAUUUUAAAGAGAUUGGUUAAACUGCGAUAUGCAUCACCUAUACUUUUUGUGAAAAUAAAAAUUCUCCUCUGUAAAUAUAAGUAGAAAUGCAAUAUAGAAAAUGUAUAAUUUCAAAAUAUUAAAUGCUUAAAAAACAA